GACUGAGUCUUCUUCUAUCUACUGCUAUUUGAACCUUUGUUCUCUAUCUCGUUCUCGUGGAUUUCUUCACCAUUGUUUUCGAAUUUCGAUGCUUAAUCCGUCUCACUUCUUCUUCUUCUAAGAAGGAUGAAAUACAGAGGCGUUAGAUUGGGGCUGCGCCUCAUUCGCCGCCGCGCUAAACGCUACCUCCGCCUCGACCGCGACGCCGGCUCCCAGAGCUCCUCGACGAUGACGGCGAAGCUCUGCGACUGGGGCCGCCUCCUCGUAAGCCGACUGCCCUCCUUUAGAAUCCGCAGGGCCUAUCGAAAGAUGCAGCAGGGAGAGUCGGAAGCACAGGGCGGGCUUCCGCCUAAAGGGUAUCUGUCGCUGUACGUAGGGGACGCGAAGAAGGGCGGAGCACCGCGGAGGUACACGGUGCCGGUGAUGUACUUCAACCACCCCCUAUUCGCAGAGCUGCUGCAGGAAGCGGAGAAGGAGUUCGGGUUCCGCCACCCCGGCGGCAUCACCAUACCCUGCUCCGCCGCCAAGUUCGAGCUCGUCCGCACCAGGAUCGCCGCCGGCGAUACAGUAGCAACUGGGAGGAGCAAUAUCGCAACUACCUUGGGCCACUUCUCCACGAAAGUUAUUACAUGCUUGUUGGCAAAGAGUAGGUAUACAGAUACUGUCAGUGGAUUGUGGUACACCCUCAUCGGCAUUCAUAUUUCUCAAAUGUGUGCCAAUCACUGCCGCAUGUAUUCAAAAAGCAAAGGUUAA